CUUUUUCAUGGUUCUGCUCAAGAUCUGAAAAUCUGUAUUUUUUUCAACUUGCUGAAAAACGGUCAAUUUUGGGAAAGUUUAAAAAACUGUGACAUUUCAUUGGACUUCUGGAGUGCGGUAAAAGUAAACAAUCCUCUUGAAAUGCAGCAAACAACGUUCGAUCACGACUUCCGAAGUUACGAGCUCAAGGUGGAGUUGGCCAAAUGUUUCAACGGGAUCGUCUACCUGGCCCAACAUCGGCCCUCGAGGCGGCACGUCGCAGUCAAGAAGUUCCUGAUGGAGGACAUCAAGAAUGACUUCAACUUCAUCAUGGAAGAGUCGAAACAUUUGCGCGAAUUUGACCACCCGAACAUCCUGAGCUAUCACACGGCCUUCGUACACAAUCUGGACCUGUACUUUAUCCUGCCGCUGAUGUGCUUCGGUUCGUGCCGGGACACCAUGAGCAAUUACUUCGAAACGGGCCUGCCGGAGAUUGUGCUCGCGUGCAUUCUGCGGGACGUCGUCAACGGGCUGGAGUACUUGCACCGGAAGGGAUACAUCCACCGGUCAAUCCGGGCCAGUCACAUCUUCCUGAACGAGUCCCGUGCCGUCAUCGGGGGCUUCCGGGUGUGCACCAGCUUCCUUGGGGAAGGCAAACGCGUCAAAACCAUGCACGAAUUGCCUCCCCACUCGACAAAGAGCCUAAACUGGCUCGCGCCGGAAGUGCUGGCCCAGAACCUGCUCGGGUACACGGAAAAGUCGGACAUCUACAGCCUGGGCAUUAUGACGUGCGAGCUGGCGAACGGUGUGGAACCGUUCAGCAACUUCCAGACGACGCUGAUGCUGACGGAGAAGAUGCGUGGCUAUCAGCCGCAGCUGCUCGACUGCACCACGAUUCCCAGCGAGGAGGUGUUCGCCCAAGCGAUGGAAUCGGGCGGCGUCGGGGACAGCGGGUCGUCGCAGACGCGCCAGAUUUACGCCUCGCGGCAGUUUUCCGAUGCGCUGCACAAGUUUGCCGAGCUGUGUUUGGUUGCCAACCCGAACCUGCGUCCGAACGCCGCCGACCUGCUGGCCCACGCCGUGUUCAAGCAGUGCAAACACACCAGCAUCCGGGAGCAGUUUGCGGCGUGCGGCAUCGAAACGGCCGACUUCAACACCAUCAAAGACUACGAUCUCAACCUGUCGAGCGAAUUCUCCAGCAUGUCGAUGGACACGAGCGGUGGCGUCGAGUGGGACUUUGACGAGCAGUAGGGAAGAAACAGAUCCUGGCGUUUUUUUGCUAGUGCUUCUUGAAAGAAUCAAAACAAUCAAAAUCCAUCGUUACGUGUUGUUACUGGUCGGGAGAGUGUGUUUCCCCCACUCCUUGUUUGUUGUUUUAGAUUCGGUGCAAGGAUUUGUUUCUAGAGGCCGAUUGUAAACGCAUUCUAAACGGUUAGUGUAUAAAUUAGGCUUUUAUUACUCAUUUAAAAUAUAAUAAUAAUUUUAUAUAGAUAAAAGAA